AUGGCGCCCAUUGAGGGUAAAUGCUCCGCAUUCUGCGCUUUCUUUGUAGGCAUACUCAAACAGAUGCUCAAAGGUGCGCCGGCCGCAGCAAAUAGAGACAGAUUUGCUAACGAUCAAAACAGGCACAGAUGCUGUGAUAGAGGAAGCAACCUUGAUACUCAAGACACCUACCAAGAUGGUCUUGUCGUCACGAAGAGACUGCUCGCAGACCGCCCCCACUUACCGCACGACGUCUUCGAGGUCAGCUCCGCCGCUUCGACCCAAUCGUGGUAUAUUGAUGAUACGGGUGCACAGUUCAGCAUCCCCACGACAUGCGCUACUACCGACGAGUAUUUGGCACAUCGUGGUGAGCGCGUGAGCUUCGUCACUCCAGUUGGUGCCUUGGAGAACCUCUACGAGAGGCUGUGUGCACUGCCCAAUCUUACUGGUCUCCUGCAUUCGCAGCAUCGCGAAAGCGUCCGCGCUGUCAGGAGCGAGAUCGACCUGUGGAGCAAACGCACGAAUGUGAAGUUGCCAGCUCUGCUUCGCCUCCCAGACGAGAAGUAUGCUGCACAAGAGAAGGAGCUGCUGGGAAUGGUUCGCCGUUCGGUGAAGGGUUUCGUUUUGCUCUGGGUGGGACCGUAA